CAGUGGGCAUGUUAGAAUGAAAUGGAUGUUGCAAGAAAGAUUGCAGACAAGUUUUGUCAAUCAGUGGAGAAGAAGUCUGGUCGCACCUUACUUCACUUUGCUGCUCAACUUGGUCAUCAUGAGGCAGUCAACUAUCUGUCGGAGAAGAAGGCUGAUGCAGAUGCUAAAGGAUGGUAAGAGACCAUACCAACUGACUGAUGGUGAACUGAGAAGUCAACUGAGGAAAGCACUAGAUAAACAGAAGUAUGCUGUUAUGUUUGCUGAGGGUAAAGUGAGACCAGAAAUCAUCAAGUUGUGUUUCAUCGCUUCAGAAGGAACAGGAAAGGCGGCACUCGUGGAGGCUCUCAAACAAGGAUGGUUAGAGUGGAUUGUUACAAAUGAGAAUCAAGCAGACAACCCGGAUUGUGAAGAAGAACGGGUGAUUGGUAUCAACGUGAUGACAGCCUAUAUUCCAGGAGUGGGUCUCGUCUCACUGGACCAUGCAGGUCAAAGCAGUUCCACAAAACACGCGGCCUCUUCAUCUCUUCAUCCAACUCGUUCUUCAUCUUGCUAGUGAGUAUAGUGAGAGGAAAGGAGAGACAACGGUGCAGCGAUGAGGAGUUGCGAGAUGAGCUUCAGUACUGGCUCUCAUUUCUCAGAUCCAGUUUGAAUGGAGAGUUUAUACCCACAGUGUUGAUAAUGGCCAGUCGAGGAGAUUAUUAUAGCGUGUGGUCGACUAUAUCCGUGAGCUGUUCAAAGGCAAGAUCAACAUCAUUCAAGAUUGUUCAGUUCUUGACUGCAGGAAGAGCAAAUCUCCUGAAAUGAAACAACUGAAGAAAUUGUUAUGUGGCAUUAAGCAGCAACUUCAGGAGUCUGCUCCUCUGUAUCCUCGUCUUUGUUAGCCAGUCGUGUCCAAGUUGCUUCCUGCUUUUCAUAACAGGAUCCAUUUGUGGCGACGGUAACACUCAUGGAGAGGAUUGAGCAGGAUCCAGAUCCAAUUGAUGGUGCAGUGAACAAGAAGCUUGGAAUUCAUUGGUAGUCACGUGACUGUAGAACCUAAGCUUGAUAUAUUCAUAGCCAGAAAUUAUUGACAAAUGACUGUUUCAAACGUCACACAUUCUGUUCUUAGUACUGUAGCAGCAUAUUUAGGCAUGCAGCAGUGAUGGUGGGUCUAGCUAAUGCACAUGUUAUGAUGUACAUCACGUAUAUAACUUCAGUAUUGCUGCUUCAGUAUGAACCAUUUGUAUUGCUGACAGCUAGAACACAUUUAGAAAUCUGAACACAACAUAUUCUAA